UGCAUUUUCAGUAGCAGGCAUGGUCUGCCUUACACAUUGUUGGUCUCAACAGCAGUAUGUUCUGUGGAAAGUAUUCUUUGUGGUGUUUAUUUCAUUUGCCUUUAAUUCUGGGUGGCUCGCAUCAGCGGAAGAGGAUAAAAAGGGGAAAGUGGAACGAAAACAACCUGAUAAUCCAUUUCUGCCUGCUAUGAUUGUCUUCCACCUUGAUCAUACACUAUGGCCUUUUACAAUGGAAAUAAUGCAGCACCCUCUAAAUCGUACUGGCGUGAAACACCAGAUAAAAGACAAAGUGGGAAGACUUUUCAACAUGUACCCGGAUGUGUAUGACAUUCUAGAGGAGUUGGACCAAAAGUGGUACAAGAUCGGUGGCUUGAGCGCUGACUCUGACAUCCGGCGGGUAGAAGAAACCACAGACCUCUUUGACAUCGACAAGUUCUUCAACGGCUUUGAGACGAAACCUGGGAACAAGACUGAGCAAAUGUUGAGAUUAAGUGAACGAGCCAAAGUACCUCUCGAGAAUAUUCUUUACUACGAUACAAACAAAUUGGACUUGGACGAUAUGAAGGCAAUAAAUGUUACGGGAGUGUGGGUCAACCUGAGUGGUGGCCUCACUUAUGCUCAUCUGGAGCAGGGCUUUAAGGUCUUCAGAGAGCAAAAAAGUAACACAGCUACAGCAAAACCAUAAGGACAACUAAACUGAUUACUUUUUUACUAAUUCAAUCCAUUUAUACUGGGUUUUGUACAUAAAUCAAAAAUAAGAUGCAUUUAAUAUA